GGAUGGUUGUUGGUUGAUUGGAUUUGUUAUCGCCCGAAGAAUUUACACAUACAAAGUUCUUUUUUUUAAUCGGGUAUGAACUAAUAAUUUCACAGCGAUAAAUAUUUUGUUGCUGUUUGGUUGUGAGUGUAUUAUGAAAAACGAAUCUAUAAAAGGCCGUUUACUAAAGUGGUACAAAUCAGUUGGCCAAAUUUUUUUGGACGCGUUUAAACAGCAAUUUUUUAGGGCAAAAUGUUGCCCCGAAAAUUUCUAAUCGGAAUCACGUUAGGAUUCCUAGUGUUAUGUGUAAAUAGUGCAAUCGUCAAGGCUGAUACACACUCCUGUUAUCGCUGUGAGGGAGAAGAUUGUGAAGACCCCGUUAUUGCAGAUUGUAUAACUGCAAAUGAAAAUGAUAAAUGUUUUAUUCGCUUCGAAGCGGUUAGCAAUGAUAUAGUGCAAUUGGGCUGUCUUACGGAUUUCAUUGAGGAAAACGAAGUUGUGGAAUUGAUUAAAAGCAAAACUCUGUAUGUCUGCAAUGGAGCUAAUUGCAAUGACUUUGGAAAAUUACCAAAUCCCAACCAGUGCACAGAAUGUUCAUCGGAUAAUGAGGAAUCAUGCGCCACUAAGCCCACAACCAUAACUAAGCAACUGUCGUGUAACAUCAUUCCCUACACCCAGUGUUAUCAACGUAUUAACGGUAACGUAACAGAACGUGGUUGUUUGUCGGACUUGGAAGGAGACGAUUUUUACAAGUGUUUAACUGGAGAAGAUGACAAAUGUAAGGUUUGCGAAGGCAAAGGAUGUAACGAAGAAGUUAUUCCCAGUGAUCGUAAGAGAUGUCAACGUUGUAGUUCAGAAUCAGAUGCAAGCUGCCAAAGUGCCCCGGUUGCAUUAUCAGUUUGCCCAACUUACAAUGAAACUGACGCCUGUGUAGCUCUUUAUGAAAAUGGCAUCACCAAGCGCGGCUGCAAAACCGAUUUUGUAUGCAAUGGUCAAUCGAAAAAUUGUCAAUUUUGCACGAGUGAUGGUUGUAAUACCGCCAACAUUAAGAAACGUUAUGAAGACCUUUACGCCAUUUUCCAAGAUGUCCCUUUAAAUUGCAACACAUGCAAGGGAGAUGAAUGUGAGCCAGGUAAACCUCGUAAUCCCAACAAAUGUGAAGGUGAUCCCUAUCAAGACUGUAUGACUGUUUUCGAUGCCAGUGGCAAAGUCAUUCAUCGUGGUUGUGAAAUUGUCGUUCUGGCCGAACAACAGUCGCACUGCGAUUCACAUCCUGAAUUGUGCUUUAAGUGCAAGGCCAAUGGCUGCAACGACAUGACCGAUCCCUCAACAUAUCAGGAAUGUUUAAUUUGUGACGCUGCAGCAAAUCCCGAAUGUUUGUUCAAUCCCGCUGCUGUAACUACAACACGCAAAUGUACCCUUGGCUGUGUAGCUUCUCUCUAUCCACGUAAAUCCAAUCCGAAAGUCCUUGAUUUUGUGCGAACAUGUUUCGAGGACAUUGAACCCGACAACCAAGAAUCUUGCAAAGCCGAAAAUAACUGCGUUAAAUGUUUGGAGGACAAAUGUAACACUGACGUUUUGCCCGCCGAGGGACGUCUGUCAUGUUUGCACUGUGAAGGCGACGAUUGUGAUGUCCCCAAGUCAAAACAAUGCGUCGGCUACAAUCCUAAUGACAUGUGUUAUAUGUAUUUUGAUAAUGUGACCUUGAGCGCUGUGCGUAUGGGUUGUCGUAGUGAUGUUGAUGAUGCUCAAUUAAAAGCAGAAAUUAAACAAUAUUUCAUUUGCGAUGGAGAUGAUUGCAAUGAUUUUAAGAAUCUGCCUGAGGCCAAAUUCUGUGCCGCUUGUGAUUCCGAAAAUGACGUUAAUUGUGCUGUUGAUCCAUCAAAAAUAACGGCUCAAGAUAGAUGUGGUAAUUUCCCAUACACUCAGUGCUUUACUCGUAUACGUGAUGAUGGUCAUACCGAACGUGGUUGUUUGUCAAAGUUGCCCACAGACGUCUUCAUUAGUUGUCAUGAUGGUAAUCCAAAUUCAAAAUGCAGAAUUUGCACCGACCACAAUUGUAACAAUAAAAUUUAUCCAUCUAAUCGUCAAAGAUGUUACCGCUGCAAUUCGUCCACUGAUGCCGAUUGCGAAGAUGAACCUAAUGUCGUACAGCCUUGUCCCCUAUACCAGGCACAAGAUGCUUGUGUGGUCCAGUGGAUCAAUGGUAUUACACACCGUGACUGUGCUUCUGAAAUAACCUGUGAAGGUUUGGGUCGUAAAAACUGCCGCACAUGCUCGGAAAAUGCCUGCAAUAAAUUGAACUUAGCUAAUGAAGAUAUUGGUGAUGCAGGUUUGUUCACGGAUUUGCCUCUCAAUUGUUACCAAUGCAAUAGCACCGAGGAAUGCAAAUCAUCGGCAGUUGCACUCGGCAGUUGUACUGAAAAUAUUAAACAAACAUGCACCACAGUCUUCAAUGAAAGUGGUGAAGUUGUUGGCCGUGGAUGCAGCGAUAGCAUGGAGAACGCUUGUUCAGCUGAAGGAAAUUUGUGUAUUGAUUGCAAAUCAAAUGACUGCAAUGUAGCCAAAAGCGAGAAUGAUUAUAUUGAUUGUGUAUUCUGUGAUGCAAAAAAUGGCGAUGAUUGUACAUUCAAUGUUGAUGCCGUCAAAAGGACUCGUAAGUGUUACAAGGGUUGCAUGACAGCUCUUUAUCCACGUACCAACGAUGAACAUCCCGUUUAUGAACUAACACGUACUUGCUUGGAUGACAAGGAUUUGGAUGAUCGCAACAAAUGUGAGUCUUCCCAAGAUGCCAACUGUAAAUCUUGCUCAGAUGAAAAAUGCAACAAAGAUGAUUUGGGUUCACGUAAGUCAUGCUACCAGUGUAAGGGCGAUGAAUGUCAAAUACCCAAGUCUCAAACAUGUCGUGCUGUAUUGGAAAAUGAUCAAUGUUUCCUGCAAUGGGAUGAAACUGGUUCGCUUAUUGAGAUGGGAUGCAAGAGCAAAUAUGAUCCCGCUGAAGUAGAUAUUUUGGUUAAGGAAAAAUAUUUGUGGUUGUGCGACGAGGAUAAUUGCAACCACAUUGAGGACACUCCAAAAUCACAAACAUGUGUUCUUUGCAAUUCACGUACAGAUUCUGAUUGUGCCAUCAAACCAAAUGACGUACAAUCAUCAACAACAUGCGGUAAAGCUCCGUAUACUCAGUGUUACAGUCGUGUAUUGGAGAAUGGACAUACUGAACGUGGUUGUUUGUCCAACCUAGAAGGUGAGGAAUUCGUCGACUGUCUUUACAAUAGAAAUAGUACCAAAUGUUUAAGCUGUAUUGGAGACAAUUGCAACCAAGAGUCAUACCCAAGCAAUCGUUUGUCCUGCCAUGUCUGUUCGUCGACUUCGUCUGAUUCAUGUGAAAACAAUCCAGAUGACGCACAAGUAUGUCUUUUGUAUGCUCCGGAUGAUAAAUGUGUGUCAUCAAUAGAUGUUAAUGGUAAUACUGUACGAGGUUGCAGCUCACAAGUAAGUUGCGAUGCAUCAAACCCCACCAUUUGUCAAGAAUGCAAAGGAGAUGCCUGCAACGUGGCCAACUUAAAACGUAAAUCUGAUGGUAAACCCGGACAAUGGCAAUCUCUGCCUUUGACCUGUAUGGCAUGUAACAACCUUGAAGACUGCACCGCUAAAUCUAGUGAACAAAUAUGUUCCAGCUCGGAAUAUUGCAUGACUGUAUUCGAUAGCAACGGGAAAGUUGUCAAACGUGGCUGCAGUGAUGACGUUGAAAAGGAACAGGGAACUUAUUGCGAUUUGAAUUCGUCUAACUGCUUCAACUGUAAUUCGAAUUUAUGCAACAAGGCCACCAGCUUGAACAAUUAUAUUGAUUGUGUUUACUGUGACUCCGAAACUAAUCCAGAUUGUGCCCUCAAUCCUUCAGCUGUAGAAAACCUUCGUAGAUGUAAUGGCAAUUGCAUGACAGCUCUUUAUCCCGCUGCUAAUAAUUCUUCGUUUGAACUUGUACGUACUUGCCUCGAUGACAAAGAUACUUUAGACCAGACUGCUUGUUCCAGCGGAAGUUCAACAGAAUGCAAAUCCUGUUCCAGCGCUGCCUGUAAUACUCAUAAACUACCAGAAAAUCGUUUGUCAUGCUAUCACUGCCAGGGAGAUAAUUGCGAGGAUGCUCCGAAAUCAGAAUGUUUGAAAUAUAAACCUGAUGACCAAUGCUUCAUACUUUUCAACAAUGUCAGUGACAUUAGCCAAAUGGGUUGUGUUAGUGACUUAGAAGACGACUUUGUGUCCAACAAUCUUCACAGCCUGUUCAUAUGCAGCACCGGUGAUAAUUGCAAUAGUUACGAAAACAUUCCCACCACCACCUUAUGUGCCCAGUGUAAUUCUAAUGAUGACGAGGACUGUGCUUCCAACCCCACAAAUGUUCCAAAUGUUGGCACAUGUUCAGCAUUGCCUAACACUCAGUGCUACACUAAAAUAAAUAAAGAUGGAUCGACUGCACGUGGUUGUUUAAAUAGUUUAACUCAAACUCAAAUAAACGCCUGUCUUGGCGGCACUGAUGGCGACUGCAGUGUUUGUGCAGAUGACAGAUGUAAUAUAGAGAUUUUCCCGGCUAAUCGUCGUAGUUGCCAACGUUGCAACACCAAAGAUGAUCCCGAAUGUGAAAGUUCACCAGAUUUUGCUGCCGUUUGUCCCGUAUACUCCAAUACACAAUAUUGUGCCACCAAAUUGGUUAAUGGCCACACCUACCGUGGCUGCAGUACCGAAUUCCAGUGUGACGACAGUGAUAAACAGUACUGUCGAUUGUGCCAUGGCUCAGAUAAUUGCAAUGUCGUUGAUUUAGCCAGCACCAACAUUGGCUAUCCUGGUAAUUGGCAAGGAGUUCCAAUUAACUGUUAUACAUGCAAAAAUGAAGAAUGUCAAGAUAGCAAGCAGGUCCUAAUUCAGGCCUGUCGUAAUAACAAUAGACAAAAUUGUGCUACAGUAUUUGCGGCAAAUGGUACUGUCGUGGAACGUGGUUGUUCAGACUUGAUUUAUGCCGGUGAAAACGCAAACCACUGUGAUGAAAAUCCUGGAUAUUGUAAAUUCUGCAAAUCCAGUGGAUGUAAUCUGGCUAAUAGCUUGGCCGAUUUUGAUCACUGUUUGUUCUGUGAGGGCGCUGAUAAUUCGGAAUGUAUUUUCCAUCCCGAAAAUAUUAAACGCACCCGUUCAUGUCACAAGGGAUGUAUGACUGGUCUGUAUCCACGUAAAUUUGAAGAAAACCCAGCCUAUGAAUUGGCCAGAGGAUGCUUAGAUGAUUUGGACUUGGAUGAUCGCGAAGAUUGUAAGGCAGGCACAAAACCUAACUGUCAAGUUUGUGAGGGUAGUUCUUGCAAUACUGCAAAAAUACCAGAACGCAGACUCAAGUGCAAUGUUUGCAAUGGUGCCGAUUGUGCUGAACCAAAGAGUGCUGAAUGUACAGCAUUCCGUGAGAAUGAUAAAUGCUUCACAUUGUUUGUCGAAGAAAACGAUGUGCAACGCAUGGGCUGUACCAGCGAUUUGGAUAACUCUGACUUGGUUACGUUAGAGCGUCAACUGCUAGUAUGCGAUGGUGAUAACUGCAAUACAUUUGAAAGUUUCCCUACACCAAUCUCUUGUAGAUGGUGUAACUCUGUAGAUAAUCCUGAAUGUGCAUCAAAGCCAACAAUAAGUACAGCCACCGUAUGUCAGAUUUUACCUCAUACCGAAUGCUUUACGCGCAUCGAUAAGGAAGGUGUCACACAUCGUGGUUGUUUGUCUGAUGUUAAUGAUGAUGUGUUUGUCGAUUGCUCAAGCGGUAAUAGCACUACCUGUGAGGUGUGCACCACAAAUAAUUGCAAUGCUGAGAUUUUCCCAGAAGGACGCAAAAGUUGUAUCCAAUGCGAUUCAGCUGUCUUCCCUGGUUGUGAAGACAAUGCCAAUGAUUUUGCCAGCAUCUGUUCUAUGUACGUGGAAAAUGAUAGUUGUGUGACUAAAUUGGAAGGUGAUCGCACCAUUCGCGGUUGCGCUUCUGAAAUGACUUGUGAUACUAGUAGUCGCGAUACUUGUCGAAUCUGUAACCAAACCGAUAACUGCAAUACCGUUAAUCUAUUGCCAGGCUACGUGGGUGAACCAGGCAAGUGGCAAGAAUUGCCACUUAAUUGCUACCACUGUGAAGGCGAAGAAUGUUCCAAUGGAAAUGGUCAACUUGCCACAUGUGAAGGCAACAAUUUACAAACCUGUAUGACCGUAUUCAAUGCUGAAGGCGCUGUGGUGAAACGUGGUUGCAGUGAUGCUGUCAUCAGCACAGAAUCCGACUAUUGUGAUGAAAACACUGAUAAGUGUUUUGCAUGCAAAUCGAAUGAUUGCAACAAUGCCAACAGUUUAGAUGAUUACGUUGACUGUUACUUCUGUGAUUCUUCAGAUAGCAGCAGCUGCUCUAUUAGUUUUGAUGCAUCCAAGACCAAGACGCGUAAGUGUCAAAAAAGCUGUAUGGUUGCCCUAUACCCUCGCACCAGUGCAAAUGAUCCAUCCUAUGAACUGGCACGCACUUGUUUGGAUGAUUUGGAUUUAGAUGACCGUGAAAAAUGUGCAAACGGUGAAAAGGAGCUGUGCAAGGCAUGUGAUGGUCCUCGUUGCAAUACCAUGAACGUACCCGACGAACGCUUUGAAUGCUACAAGUGCGUCGAUGAUGAGUGCGAAGAUAUGAAGACACAACAAUGUAGCUUAUAUCAUGCCAACGAUCAAUGUUAUGUUUUGUUCAACAACGAAAGUUCUAUUGUGGGCAUGGGAUGUCGCAGUGAAUUUGAAAUGGAUACUGUUAACGAGCUGGUUAAACAAAAGCGGUUGCUCUUGUGCAAUGAAAAGAAUUGUAAUGCACCCGAAAGCUUGCCCACACCCAAACUAUGCUCCGUUUGUAAUUCUGCCCAGAACCCGCUGUGUGCAACAAAUCCAAAUUUGGUGGGCAACAUUGAACGUUGUGCAUCUUUGCCAUUUACUGAAUGUUUCACGCGUGUCGAUAGCAAUGGACUCACCGAACGUGGUUGCUUGGGAGCUCUUCAAGAUGAUACUUUCUACGGUUGCCUAAUGGGUACUGACGGCUUAUGUGAAACAUGUGUCGGAGACAAAUGUAAUGAAAUUGAUGUAUUCCCGGCCGAUCGCAUGAAGUGUCAACAGUGUAAUUCUGCAAUUGAUCCAAACUGUUCUUCCGCACCCAACAACAAUAAAGUUUGUGAAAUUUACCAGCCGAAUGAUCAAUGUGUAACAAAUUUACGUGAUGGUGUCACGACUCGUGGCUGUGGAUCAAAUAUGAAAUGCGACAAUGAAAACGAUCCUCAAACAUGUCGCGUUUGUGAAGGUGAUGGCUGUAAUACCAUAAACUUGGAAAAGAUAACUGAGGAUGGAAUUCCCGGUAGAUGGCAAGAUAUUCCCAUCACUUGCUACACCUGCAAAGGAGAAGAGGAAUGUACCUCUAAGGGCUAUUUCCGUUCGUGUGUAAACAAUCCCAUACAAAACUGUAUGACUGUAUUCAAUUCUGAGGGCAAGGUAAUUCAGCGAGGAUGCAGCGAUCCUGUGGAAGCAGACAAUCAAGCAUAUUGUGAAGAAAAUCAGGAAAACUGUUUGCGCUGCAACUCGAAUGGUUGUAAUCAAGCCACCAGUUUGGGUGAAUAUGUCGAGUGCUUAUCUUGCGACACUGAUACUAAUGGCAAUUGCAUUUCGAAUAUCUCGGGCAUUACAAAGACCCGCAAGUGCUACAAAUACUGUAUGACCGCCUUAUAUCCCCGCUUCAAAGAGGAAAAUCCAUCAUAUGGUCUAUCAAGAUCAUGUUACGAUGACAUGGAUCUCGAUGACCGCGAGCUUUGUGCGGCUGGCAACAAGGAAAAUUGCAAAACAUGCAAUACAGCCAAGUGUAAUAUCAUCGAUAUGCCACAAAAACGUCACAGUUGUUACAUUUGUGAAGGUGAUGACUGUCAAGAUCCCAAGGCUCAAGAAUGUCCCACAUUCCGUCCCGAUGAUAAAUGCUAUACGCGUUUUGAUGAAAAGAAUGCCGUUGUAGCAUUUGGUUGUCGCAGUGAAUUCAGCAAUGCUGAAGCUGAUUAUUUGUUGAAGCAAAAACGCCUUCAUCUGUGUGAUGGUGAAAAUUGCAAUACCUUCGAUAAUAUUCCCGCUGCUCAAACAUGUGCUCUUUGCAACUCUCGUACUGAUAGCAACUGCGCAGUGAAUCCUACCGCUGUUACUGGACAAACCACAUGUGCUCUUUUACCAUUCACAGAAUGCUAUUCACGUGUAUUAGAAGACGGUGCAACGGAACGCGGUUGCUUGUCCAAUUUGUACGACGAUGAAUUUGUAGGUUGUUUAAAUGGCACAUCCACAACAUGCAACUCGUGCAAGGGAAAUAACUGCAAUAAGAAUGUUUUCCCCGAUUCCCGUCUCAAGUGUCAUAUUUGCGAUUCCAGUGCUGAUCCCAAUUGUGAAGCUAGUCCCAACAGUUUGAGCAUCUGUUCAAUCUUUGAUUCUCAGGACACAUGUGUAACCUCAUUCCGCAACGAUGUAACUUACCGUGGUUGCAGUUCAAGUUUAGUUUGCGAUGCUACAAAUCCAAGAACCUGCGCCAAAUGUAACGGUGAAGGUUGCAACACAGUAAACUUGGCCAAGAAACAAGAUGACAAUUUCGGUAAAUGGCAAGAUUUACCAUUGACUUGUCUCAGCUGCUCGGGCAGUGAUUGCAAUUCAGCAGCAACAACCGAGUCUCUGACCUGCGAGUUGAAUAACGAACAAGAUUGUAUGACAGUAUUCGAUGUCAGUGGCAAAGUAAUUCGUCGUGGUUGCGCCGACAUUGUCGAAAGUGAAUAUUGCUCUGAAAAUGAAGAAAAUUGCUACAGCUGUAAAUCGAAUGAUUGUAAUACCGCAACUUCGAAAUCUGAUUUCGUAGAAUGUGUAUACUGCAACUCUCACAAAGAUCAGGAGUGUGUAUUGAAUCCACUAAGCACGGCUCACAAAACAAGAAACUGCCAAGGUGGUUGUAUGACCGCACUCUUCCCCUCCGAUAAUUCUGCUAAUCCAGCUUAUGACCUGAUUCGUACCUGCCUCAAUGACAAAGAAGUGUCUGAUCAAAACACUUGUUCGGGGGGCAAAGACGGCAAAUGCUCAGCAUGCAGUGGCAGCAAAUGUAACACAAACAAUAUGCCAGAAAAUCGUCUAUCCUGUUUUACAUGUCAAGGAGAGACAUGCGAAGAACCAAAGACCAACGUAUGCCCAUUGUACAAGGAGAACGAUCAAUGCUUCAUUAGAUUCGAUGAUACAAACAGUGUUUCUGAAAUGGGAUGUAUCAGUUCGUUCCGUAAUCAAGAUUUGGAGAGCAUCUUAAAAACUAAGAGGGUGCACGUGUGCUCGGGAACUGACUGUAACACCUUGGACAAAAUACCCAGUGCACAAUCAUGUGCCGUCUGUGAUUCUACAGAAGACGUAUCUUGUGCAGUGAAUCCCAUUGAAAUUGGUACAUUUAACACCUGCAGUAUGUUGCCAUACACUAGCUGUUACAGCAAAUUAACCACAAGUGGCACAACAGAAAGAGGUUGUUUGACCGACUUACCGGAUGAUGAUUUUGUUGCUUGUAUUCUUGGCAACGACAAGAAUUGUGGUGUCUGCAAUGAAAAUGGUUGCAACAGAGAGAUAUUCCCAGUAGAUCGUCAGCAAUGCUUUACAUGUAACUCUGAAGAAGAGUCCAACUGUGACUCUUUCCCCGUGACCAAGAUGGCUUGUCCUAUUGUAAGUGAUAGUGAGUCAUGUGUGAGUGCUUUGAGUGGCAAUGUUACAAUUCGUGGCUGCAAAUCCUCAAUUUACUGCGAUGCCAACGAUAGCGCCACUUGUCGCUCGUGCUUUGGUAGUGAAUGUAAUUCCAUUGAAUUGUUGAAUAAACAAGAUGACGGUUACCAUGGUGUCUGGCAAGAUCUUCCGCUUAAGUGUCACACAUGUGAAGGCGAACACUGCUUGUAUUCAUUGGGACCAACAGUUACCUGUUCCAGUCGCAACAUCAAUCAGGAUUGCAUGACAGUUUUCGAUGCGCAGGGACGCGUUGAACGACGUGGUUGUUCAGAUGAUGUUGAGGAUUACAAGGAUUUAUAUUGCAGACAAAAUCCCGAACGUUGCUUCAGAUGUAAAUCCAAUGAGUGUAACUUUGCCUGGAGUAUCGAUGAAUAUGUUGAAUGUUCGUUCUGUGAUUCUGUCAAUGAACCAUUCUGUGUACUCAAUCCGGACUACAAUGGCUUCAAGUCCAGAAAAUGUUACAAGAACUGUAUGGUUGCCAUGAAAGAUCAACAAGUCAUUCGCUCUUGUUUGGACGACAAAGAAAUGUGGGUACAAAACCAUUGCCAACAAAGUGGCUCCAAUGAAUGUGCCGCCUGUUCAGGAGACGACUGCAAUAAAUUCGUAUUCCCCCAUGAUCGUCUCAAGUGCCAUGUCUGUACCGGCUCAUCAUGCUCCAGCAGUGUGGGCCAAUAUUGUGAGCUUUACGAAAACAACGAUUAUUGCUUUGCAAAAUACGAAAAUGGCUUGGUAAAUCUAAUGGGUUGUGCCUCUUCUCAAAAUGCCAGCGACAUUGCCGACUGGUCCGCUCAAAAUAAGUUGUACAAGUGUGAAGGCAAUGAUUGUAAUGAAUUGUCGCGCUUACCCAAAGCCGGAGUUUGUAUAUCGUGUGAUUCUAGCAAGACUCACAAUUGUGCACAAAAUCCUCUAGAAGUCUCACCUACCGAAACUUGUGCAGCUCCAAAUGACAAAUGUGUCACACGAAUUGAUGCCAAAGGUCACACAAUCAGAGGAUGCUUAAGCAACUUGAAUGCUACUGAACAAUCUUGCGAGUCCCUUGGCACUUGUGCCGUUUGCACCGGAGAAAAGUGCAAUAAUCAGAUAUAUCCAGCUAAUCGUCGUGAAUGUCACAUUUGCAAUUCAGUGGCAGAUAAAAGUUGUGCACUGAAUCCAUCGAGUCUGAAAGUAUGUCCGAUCUAUGAUGCCAACGACAAGUGUGUGUCCUCCCUUUCUGACGAUGGCUUAUUGAAACGUGGUUGUGCCUCUGAAGUGCAAUGCGACAACAACGACAGCAACUACUGCGAUGUCUGUAAUACAAACGGCUGUAACACUAUCGAACUCAAGGGAUCCGCCAACGUGGCCACCAACAGUCUCUUCCUAACACUACUGCUGGCAUUCGUAUCGGUUUUAGUAUUGAAAUAUUGAUUUCAAUAUUAAAUCAUACAUUGCAAAGAGACCUCAAAUCACUCAUCAAUCAUUGACCCGAACAAUUGAUCAAACAAACUAGCUGUAGUAUUUAUUAGUACUAUUUAAGUUCAAAAACUCAAUUGUCCCUGUUUAUACUUUUAUAUACAUUUAUACCCCCAUACAUUCAUAUAUUAUUAUAUAAUAUAUACAUACAUACAUACAUAUUUGCUUUUCGCAACGAUUUAUUUCUGUUAAUAA